AUGGCGUCGAGGCUGCAGCUUAGCCGCACUCGGUUGCUGCGACCAUCAACCUUUACACCAUCAAACAGACUAUUGCGACCAUGCCCAACACCUCUACGGCUCGUCCCUCGCGCACGGUUACCCUCCACCUUAACCAAUAAUGCCGCUCGUGUAUCUUGCUCAGGUGUUCGAAACUAUGCGAGUGGACGACCGCACCCUCCAGGUGGAACGCAUCGGAUGAACUUGGGUGGCGAGCCGGAGAAGGCGGCGUUGGAACAGUACGGUGUUGACCUUACGGCUAAAGCCAAGGCAGGCAAGCUGGACCCGGUUAUCGGAAGGGACGCAGAGAUCCAUCGGACAAUUCAAGUUCUAUCCCGACGUACCAAGAACAACCCUGUUCUCAUCGGAGCUGCUGGUACUGGAAAAACAGCUGUUCUCGAAGGUCUGGCGCAAAGAAUUGUGCAAGGCGAUGUUCCCGAGAGCAUCAAAGGCAAGCGUGUUAUUGCUCUUGACCUUGGAUCGCUUAUUGCUGGAGCCAAGUUCAGGGGUGAUUUCGAAGAGCGACUGAAGUCUGUCCUCAAAGAGGUCGAGGAAGCUCAAGGCGGCGUCAUUCUGUUCAUUGACGAGCUUCACACUCUGCUUGGGCUAGGGAAAGCAGAGGGCAGUAUCGAUGCUAGCAACUUGUUAAAACCAGCACUUUCUCGAGGAGAACUUCAAUGCUGCGGUGCUACCACGUUGAACGAAUACCGAAUGAUCGAAAAAGACGUUGCUUUGGCACGCAGGUUCCAGCCUAUUCAAGUCGGCGAGCCUUCGGUCGCCGCCACCAUCUCGAUCUUACGUGGUAUCAAGGAAAAAUACGAAGUCCACCACGGUGUGCGUAUCACGGAUGGUGCCUUGGUUGCCGCUGCAACCUACAGCAACCGGUAUAUUACCGACCGAUUCCUGCCUGAUAAGGCCAUCGACCUAGUGGACGAAGCCGCCUCUGCUCUGCGGCUGCAACAGGAGUCCAAGCCGGAUGUUAUUCGGGAGUUGGACCGUGAUAUCACCACUAUCCAAAUCGAGCUUGAGUCUCUUCGCAAGGAAACGGAUAUCAGCAGCCGCGAGAGGCGUGAAAAGCUCCAGCAAGACUUGGCAGCCAAACAGGAGGAAUCCAGAAAACUGACAGAGGUCUGGGAAAAGGAGAAGGCGGAAAUUGAGAACCUCAAGCGCACAAAAGAGGAGUUAGAACGCGCACGCUUUGAACUAGCGCAGGCUCAGAGAGAAGGCAACUUUGCUAAGGCAGGAGAGCUACGGUAUUCUAGGAUCCCGGCCCUCGAGGAGAAGCUGCCGAAGGAAGGCGAAGAGCAAAAAGAUUCGCAGACAAAUCUUAUCCACGAUUCGGUUACCCCUGAUGACAUUGGUGCAGUUGUCUCUCGGACAACCGGCAUUCCGGUCAGCAAGCUGAUGGCCGGAGAGGUCGAAAAGCUGAUACAUAUGGAAGAUACCCUUCGAAAGUCCGUUCGUGGCCAAGACGAAGCGCUCUCCGCUGUCGCAAACGCGGUCCGCAUGCAGAGAGCCGGAUUGAGUGGUGAAAACCGGCCGCUAGCGUCGUUCAUGUUCCUUGGACCUACCGGCGUUGGUAAGACCGAGCUAUGCAAGAAGAUGGCCGAAUUUCUGUUCUCGACGGAAACUGCCGUUGUACGAUUUGACAUGAGCGAAUUCCAAGAGAAGCACACCAUCAGUCGCUUAAUCGGAUCUCCUGCGGGAUAUGUUGGUUAUGAUGACGCUGGUCAACUCACUGAAGCUGUCAGACGGAAGCCGUAUGCUGUUCUCCUGUUUGAUGAGUUCGAGAAAGCUCACCGAGAUAUCUCCGCCCUCCUACUUCAGGUUCUAGAUGAAGGCUUCCUCACAGAUGCACAGGGUCACAAAGUCGAUUUUCGGAACACUCUCAUUGUUCUUACAUCCAAUCUCGGAGCCGAUAUCUUAAUUGGCGCUGAUCCCAUCCAUUCCUCCAAGGUCUCGACAGACGGGGAGAUCGCGCCAGAAGUCAAAAAGGCCGUCAUGGAUGUCGUCCAAGAAGCCUAUCCGCCUGAGUUCCUCAACCGUAUUGACGAGUUUAUCACAUUCAAGAGGCUUUCACGGGGGGCUUUGAGGGACAUCGUUGAUAUCAGAAUCAAAGAGCUGCAGGGAAGACUGGAUGACCGACGCAUGACCCUUCAAGUUGAAGACGAGAUCAAGGACUGGCUCUGCGAAAAGGGCUACGAUCCCAAAUUUGGUGCUCGGCCGCUAAACCGCUUAAUAGCGAAAGAGAUUGGCAACCGGUUGGCCGACAAGAUCAUCCGUGGUGAGAUUACCUCCGGGCAGACGGCUCGUGUUGCAUUUAAUUCAAACAAGGAUGGGCUUGAGGUUACGACUGUUACCGAGAAUGAACCACAGGCUUAA